CGGCCUUUCGUGUUGACCACUUCUUUAAUUGGUUAUAGCUUAGUGACGGCCUCGAUGAAUGGACUUUUAGCUGUAACUUUCGAUCGCUUUGUGGCCAUAUAUUUGCCGUUCAAGUACAUCACCUGGAUGAACAAGAAAAACGUUGCACUAUUGAUCUCAAUUUCAUGGCUGGUAGCGCUUGCAGCAGGGAUUUCAGCCUUGAGUGAAGUAUUUGGCGUCAAAGUUAUUUCUCAGCUCUACACCACCAUAAUAAUCAUGGCGGUUCCUAUCCUUUAUGGCGUCAUUUAUAAGGAAGCAAGGAAGCAGGCUAGACAGAUUAUUUAUCAGUACAUGCCAGCCACGAAGAAUGUACCAAGUCGACAGUACCAGACAGACAGAGCCACCAGAGGGGUUGGGUUGGUGUUGAUAACAACCCUGCUGUGUUGGUUGCCCAUGUUGAUAGUGUUUCCAUUCGUUUUUGCAACCCUACAGAAUGAUGGAGAGAUUCUCAAGGCGAUGUUAUGGUGCCUAACUCCUGCGUGUAUCAGCUCUUGUAUCAACCCCUUCAUCUACUUUUACAAGUUCGCAAAAUUUCGGCGUAACGUUAGAAAGUUGUUUCGAGAAAUUAUGAGGUAUGUUGGAGGAGGUUCCCUGGUCAACACCAAAAGACGCAACGGGGGAGUCCACCCGAUGGUACAGGCGAGAAAUUACACGGAAGCAGCUAGGCGUUCUGCCUGGCUGGUGGAUCAAGGCACAGGAGAAGUUUAUUCCCAGGAAUCGUGAUCCUUGAAACUGUGUCACAAUAGUCACAAUACCAGGAGCUGGUUCACCCUUAGGUUCCUGACAAUAUGAGAACCGUUUACUCCUGGACUUUUACGGAAGAAACGUAAAUUUCGACGUGAUGAAUCGACACACUUUUAAAGUUUCCUUUUUAGUCGAACUAAACGACAAGCUAAAGUCUGCUUUCUUGUUAGUUCAUCGUUACUGUCAGUUGCUGCUCUUCUGGGACCAUUUAGGUGGUACUUCUAAUCGAUAUAAAAUGUUUCGGCCAGGGAGAUAACACCCGUAUCCCCCUGGGGAAAUGACGCGUAAGAGUAAGUUACCUCCAGUAUCCAAGACGACUUGUAUUAACUUGGACAUUAGAGAAUUUUAAGAAAAAACCACGACCUCAACGGCAACGGGAACUUUACAACACAAAAGGUUUGAUGAGCAAU